CGGACAGGAAGUAUUUGUCCCUCUCUCCCCUUCGAAGCAGUGAUUCUGUACGGCGUUGGUGUGUCUGUGUUCACGUGAACCUGUUGGGGAAAAGUGGAAAAAUGGACGAUACAGCGACACUUUUCAUUUCCAUCGGGCUUAGUGAGCAGAAAGUGAAAGAAACGUUGAAAAAUACAGCGUUGACUGCCACCCUGAAGAGCGCAAUCGUUCAGGCUCGCAGUGUCAGUGGAGCAACAGAAGUGGACAAAGUAACGGGUACAUUGUUGUACAGUCUGGCCUCUCGCCUCAAAGAUUCAAAACGUCUGGCAUUCCUUGCAGAAAACAUAGCUCAGCGCAAAAUAAGCACCGAGCAACAGCUUACAGCUGCUUUGGACUUUGUAAAGAAUCACCUGCAGGAUCCCCUUAACGAAAGUGAUUUUAAUGAAGCCUGCGGAGUAGGUGUGGUCAUAACACCAGAGCAGAUUGAAGAUGCCGUGGAGUCUGUGAUCAAGAAGCACAAAGAACAGCUUGAAAAGGAGAGGUACCACUUCAACGUGGGCCUGCUAAUGGGAGAUGUGCGCUCUGCUCUAAAAUGGGCUGAUGGGAAAGUUCUCAAAAAUGAGGUGGACAUGCAGGUCCUGCACCUCUUAGGACCCAAGACAGAAGCUGACCUAGAGAAGAAAUCUAAGCCCCAGAAGAAUAAAGCUGAGAAUGAAGUGAAGACGAAAAAAGAGGAGGUGGUACUGAAAGGUGAGGCCACAGCUGUGGAGGGAAAGUCACUAAUGGAGCAGCUCAGAGGAGAAGCCCUGAAGUUCCACAAAUCAGGAGAGAACUAUAAAACUGAGGGCUAUGUGGUUACACCAAACACUAUGAACUUGCUCAAAAAGCACAUGGAGCUCUUUGCUGGACAGAUACGUACCCGUUUCCCUCCUGAGCCCAACGGUAUCCUUCACAUUGGACACGCCAAAGCCAUUAACUUUAAUUUUGGUUAUGCAAAGGCAAACAAUGGAAUAUGUUUCUUGAGAUAUGAUGACACAAAUCCAGAGAAGGAGGAAGAAAAAUACUUCACUGCCAUCAAGGACAUGGUGGAGUGGCUUGGCUACACGCCGUAUGCAGUUACGCAUGCUUCAGACAACUUUCAGCAACUGUACGAUCUUGCACUGGAUCUUAUUCGCAGGGGUCAUGCAUAUGUGUGCCACCAGAAGGGGGAGGAACUGAAGGGCCACAAUACUCCUCCGUCACCAUGGAGAGACCGUCCAAUUGAAGAAUCGCUGGUUUUGUUCAAGAGGAUGAAAAAGGGGAUGUUUGCUGAGGGAGAGAUUACACUCAGGAUGAAGACUGUCAUGGAGGAUGGGAAAAUGGACCCCGUGGCAUACCGAAUCAAAUACACGCCACAUCAUCGAACAGGAGAUGAAUGGUGCAUCUAUCCCACUUAUGACUACACCCACUGUCUGUGUGACUCCAUUGAAAAUAUUACACAUUCACUCUGCACCAAAGAGUUCCAGGCCAGGCGGUCAUCAUAUUACUGGUUAUGUAAUGCUCUGGAUGUGUACUGCCCUGUUCAGUGGGAAUAUGGCCGCCUGAACCUCACCUAUACUGUCGUGUCUAAAAGGAAGAUCAUUAAACUAGUGGAGAACGGAGUGGUCAGAGACUGGGACGACCCUCGCCUCUUUACUUUGACCGCACUUAGGAGGAGAGGCUUCCCGCCAGAGGCAAUCAACAACUUCUGUGCUCGGGUGGGAGUUACGGUUUCCCAGACGACAACUGAGCCGCAUCUUCUGGAAGCGUGCGUCAGGGAUGUGCUCAAUGAGACAGGCCCACGAGCAAUGGCUGUGCUGGAACCUCUCAAAGUCACCAUAGUAAACCUCCCUGAGGGCUCAAAUUCAGAACUACGAGUGCCAGACUUCCCUGCUAAUGAGGCCAAGGGCAGCCACAUGGUGCCAUUUAAAAGCACCAUAUUCAUCGAACAAAGUGACUUCAGAGAGGUGAUGGAGAAAGGCUACAAGCGUCUGACCCCAGAACAGCCCGUUGGCUUAAGGCAUGCCGGGUAUGUCAUCUCUGUAAAGAAGGUCAUCAAGGAUGCUCAGGGUAAAGUGGUGGAACUGGAGGUGACCUGUUGCAGCUCUGAUACAGCAGAGAAACCAAAGGCCUUCAUCCACUGGGUCAGCCAGCCACUUGUGUGUGAAGUGCGCAUCUACGAGAGACUAUUCUUACACAAACAUCCUGAGGAUCCAGCUGAGGUGCCCAAUGGCUUCCUGAGUGACAUCAACCCAAAUUCUAUGCAAGUGAUCACCAGUGCCUUAGUUGAUACCUCUGUCAAGGGAGCAAAGGUUCUUGACAAAUUCCAGUUUGAAAGAGUUGGCUACUUCUCCCUGGACCCUGACAGCACUGCAGACAAGCUGGUCUUCAACAGGACAGUUACUCUCAAAGAGGACCCGGGGAAGAUUUAAGUGUGUGAUUGCGAUCAAGCUACGUGUCCUGCUUCCCAAGAGCCCACAGAUACAUGCCAAAAUCAUUUGCAUCAGAUCAUAGAAUAAAGCCAACAACCACUUUUGUUAAUUAAGAUGGAAAUAAAUCAGACAAUAUUAGGGAAACCAUGUUCUUCCACAUGCAUCUCCAUCCAUCUAUCCAUUUUCAACACCGCUUAUCCUGGUUAGGGUCGGGGGACGCUGGAGCCUAUCCCAGCUGACUUCGGGCGGAAGGCGGACUACACCCUGAACUGGUCGCCAGUCAGUCGCAGGGCACAUAUAGACACAGACGACCAUUCGCACUCGCAUUCGCACCGUCACUGAGUGGGAACUGAACCCACGCUGCCUGCACCAAAGUCAGGCGAGUGUACCACUACACCAUCAGUGACUUCACAUGCAUCUCAAUUGGAAAAUAUAUUUUUUUAAUCUAAUUAUUUCUGCUCUAUUCUCCAAAAUUGUGACUUCCAAGUACAUUAGUAUCGGAUCUUUAGUAACACACUUUGCAUUGUCAGUGUGAAAUUACGAGUACCGGUAUUUGUAAUUGCUUAUUGUUACCUCUUUGUUUGCUGCAACUCAUACCAUAAUACAGUACCUGAAUUUUAUACUGAUGUCUCUUGAAUGACAUAGAGGAGAUGCUGUCCACAUACAUGAUGCUAUCACAAAGCAUAAUUUAUUUUAUGUCACAGAGGGUGCUCUCGUGUAUCAGGAAAAAUAAAAAUUUAUUAGAAAAUA